AUGCACUGUUUGGCCGGUGUUUCGCUCGUCGACAGCAGUAGUGAUUGUUGUGAACGCGCGUCGAGUCGACUACCUCCAACGGCCGACGCUAUGCUGACUCUCAACGGCAACUCCGCGCUCUCUUCGCCGCCCACUCUCCUCGACUUCGCGGACUCGGACUCGCGCCAAUCCAACGCCGACUUCCACGCCAUGGAACCCAUUCACGCGUUCGACGUCUUCGCCGCCGCCGACUCGGCGCUCCUCCCGCUCUCCGACUUCGCGCUCGACGAGGCCUUCGGCGGCUUCCAAGACCAACAGUGCGCGGCUCCCAAUUGGACGCUGAGAGCGCCCGAACAGUGGCAGCCGCACGACGUCUCCGAUUGGAUAAGAACGUGGGCCGCGCACAACGGCGUCCAGGACUUGGAGGUCGCGCACCUCCUCUACAACCAUAUGCCGGGCUUCGAGUUGUGUCAACUGCGACGCGAGUACUUCACGAGCGUCUGUCCGCAGUUCGGAGACCUCAUCUUCGAGGCGCUGCAACUGCUGCGCCAACAACACGCCCGCCAACAGCACUUCCAGCCGCCAGAGUUCGCCUUCCCCUCCUUCGACCUCUUGUGCCCGCAAAACAACGUCUGCCUCGACCUCGACGCUCACCAC